AUGCCGAUUAAAUAUUUCCGCUAUUUCGCUCCGCUGUCUGUUAUCGCGGUUUGCGUCGUUGGUUCGACCGAGACAUUCCCGAACGGCUCGAUCGUGAGAUCCGAGAGAGAAGUCGACACCAAAUAUUUGGUGUUCCCUCAAGGCAGCAACGUUCAACUCGUCUACUGCAUGACCGUCGGCACAUACACGAAGCCGGCUGGAAUGUACGUCAUAAGCGUUACCGCCGGACUGGCGUGGGAACUGCCCCAUAGAAGUAUCUUGCCGCUCAGGAAGUCGACCGAGGUUUAUCAUCGUCGGAGCAGAAGAGAGCUGUACCGUAAAAUAGAGCUAAUGCUGAAAACGCAGGAGAAGGACGGCAAGGCGUGCGUCCUCAAGGCGAUUUGCCGGGCAGCCAAGCGGACGCGCGACGGCGAUGUCGGCAAGGGGAGCUUCCUCGAGGAGAUCCUUCACGUUAUAUUCACCCUUCCCGGGGGACGGUACGACAUCGAUCCGAUGACCGAGUACGAGCGAACUUAUCACUUGGGUGAGAAUUGCGAGGAGGUGCAGGCCAAGUGUCCGGAUGUCUUCUGAAGUACUGCAAUCAGCGUGAUUAUCUUACACAGUCGCGAAACGAGCAGCUAUCACGAAGAACUUCUCCGUCCCUCAUUCCCAUCCUCCCUUCCGCGCCUCUAU